AUGCCCUCUCCUGUGUGGGGGCUGCUAGGGUGCUGUCUGCUCUGCAGCUGGGCACCGGGGGAACCGAGGCCUCUCCGCUCUCUGCUUCCAAUGUCCCCCCAAGUCAGGGUGGGGUUUGUGCCCACUCAGGUACCCUCAGAGAGGGUUGAGGCCGCCCUAGCUUUUCUCUACUCUGGAGAUGCCCAGCAGCUGUCGGGGGCUAAUUGCAGCCAACGCUACGAAGCCCAGGGGGCAGGAGCCAGACCAGGGCUCCCCCCAGUCCUCCGGAGGGCAGCAAACACCCUCACCCAGGCUGUCAAUUUCCUCAACCUGCUGCUUCAAGCGAACGACAUCCGGGAGUCCAGCAUAGAGGAGGAUGUGGAGUGGUACCAGGCACUGGUUCGUAGUGUGGCCGAGGGAGACCCCAAGGUGUACCGGGCUCUGCUGACCUUUAACCGUCCUCCAGGGGCCAGUCACUUGCAGCUGGCCCUGCAGGCCACCCGACUGGGGGAGGAAACCGUUCUUCGGGACUUAUCACAGAGCCGAGUGCAGGAGGAGAGCCCAACAGGAGCCCCGGAAACUCUGGCUCUACAGAAACGGGUGUUGACCAAUGACUUAGGGAGCCUGGACAGCCCCAAAUGGCCACGAGGGGAUGGCUAUGUGAGUGACAUGCAGCAUGUGAGAGUGUCUCCUCCCUUCCUGGAAUGCCAGGGUGGACAGCUUCAUCCCGGCUGGCUCAUCACACUGUCAGCCACCUUCUAUGGACUCAAGCCAGAUCUCACCCCGGAGGUUAGGGGGCAGGUGCAGAUGGACAUAAAUCUGCAGAGCGUGGACAUCAAUCAAUGUGCCAGUGGCCCAGGCUGGUAUUCUAACACACACUUGUGUGAUCUCAACAGCACCCAGUGCAUCUCCCUGGAGGGCCAGGGCUUUGUCCUGGGCCACUACCUCUGUCACUGCCGACCCGGCUUCUAUGGGGCAAGCCACUCUGGGGGCUUAGAGGAGAAUGCUGUCUGGCUUGCAGGGCAAUUUGGGUCAGCACUGGGUGGACCCGGGAGACUGCUGCGGUGCCUGCCAUGUGCCGAGGGCUGCAGCAGCUGCAUGGAUGGCACACCAUGCCUGGUGGAGGAGGCCCUGGCUCUGCGCGCAGCAGUGCUGGCCUGCCAGGCCUCCUGUAUGCUGGCCGUCUUCCUGAGCAUGUUGGCAUCCUACCGCUGCCGCCGGAGCAAGAUGAUCCGAGCAUCUGGAGUGGUCCUGCUAGAAACCAUCCUUUUUGGAUCUCUGCUGCUAUACUUCCCUGUCUUUAUCCUGUACUUCAAACCCAGCGUAUUCCGCUGCAUCGCUCUCCGCUGGGUCCGGCUGCUGGGUUUUGCCAUUGUCUAUGGCACCAUCAUACUCAAGCUAUAUAGAGUGCUUCAGCUGUUCCUGUCCCCAUCGGCCCAGCGGGGACCCCACCUGAGCAGCGGAAGGCUGCUGCGGAGUCUGAGUCUGCUCCUGCUGCUGGUGUUGGGCUUCCUGGCUGUGUGGACAGCAGGGACUCUGGAGAGAAACCAGCACUUGCCUCUGGUGAUCCGAGGCCACACACCCACGGGCCGCCACUUCUACCUCUGUCACCAUGACCGCUGGGACUACAUCAUGGUGGUGGCUGAGAUGCUGCUCUUGUGCUGGGGUAGCUUCCUCUGCUACGCCACCCGGGCUGUCCCCUCGGCUUUCCAUGAGCCCCGCUACAUGGGUGUUGCCCUGCACAACGAGUUGCUGCUCUCCGCUGCCUUCCACGCAGCCAGGUUUGUUCUGGUUCCAUCCCUGCACCCAGACUGGACCCUUCUCCUCUUCUUCUUUCACACCCACAGCACAGUCACCACCACACUGGCUCUGAUCUUUAUCCCUAAGUUCCGGAAGCCAGGAGCCCCUUCCCGGGAGGAGAUGGUGGAUGAGGUGUAUGAGGAUGAGCUGGACCUGCAGUGCUCAGGCUCCUACCUUAACAGCAGCAUCACCUCAGCUUGGAGUCAGCGCAGCCUGGACCCUGGAGACAUUCGGGAUGAGUUAAAGAAGCUCUAUGCCCAGCUAGAGGUCCACAAGACUAAGGAAAUGACUGCUAACAACCCCCACCUGCCAAAGAAGUGUGGCAGUUCACGCCAAGGCCUGGGCCGCUCCUUCAUGCGGUACCUGGCUGAAUUUCCCGAGGCCUUGGCCAGGCAGCACUCAAGGGAUUCAGGCUCCCUGGGCCACAGCAGCCUGCCUGGCUCUUCCCGCCGCUGGCUUCUCAGUUCCAGCCUUCAGGAACCAGAGGGUCCCCCAGGCCUGCGCAAAUCCCACAGUACCUAUGAGCAUGACCACCACAGGGAGCAAGACCCGCCACUCCUGGACUCACUGCUGAAGAGGAAGCUGGCCAAGAAGGUGUCCAGGGAGAGCUGGGAGUCAUCGGUGGAAGGGACCCCUGUCCUGGGCUUCCGGUCAGCCAGCGCCCACAACCUGACCGUGGGAGAGAGGCUCCCCCGAGCCCGGCCCACCUCCCUGCAGAAGUCGCUCAGUGUUGUGGCAGGGUCCAGGGAAAAAGCCCUGCUGGUGGCCAGCCAGACCUACCUGGAGGAAACCUAUCGGCAGGCAAAGGAGCAAGAGGAAAGAAAGAAGGCCGAAGCAGCCAUGGCAAGCCCAGUGCGGGGGCCAUCAGCCAGGAGGCUGGAGCGAGUUCGAGGAGCCCCUCUGUCAGCCCCACCUUCCCCUGCCAAGAGCAAGAGUGCGGACAGCUCUCACACCUCUGGAAAGCUUCAAGAGGAAGCUGGGAAAAGGCUGCCUCACCCACCUAUCCGACACCAGGUCUCCACACCUACCUUGGCUUUGUCUGGAGGGGCCUGCCUGGGAGAGCCAAGGAUGCUGUCCCCCACCUCUACUUGGACUCCAGCUCUGAUGCCAGCUCUAGCCCCAGCCCUGGCCGCAGCCCCAGCCCCAGCCCUGGCCCCAGCCCCAGCCCCUGCCCUGUUCCCGGCCCCAGUCCUGGCGCUGGCACCAGUCCCUGUACCCCCACAAAGCCCUAGCUUACUCACCUACAUCUGCCCCUGGGAGAGUGUAGAACUGCCCACCAAGAAAGAAAAUGCAGCUCAGGAAGGCCCCACAGAACCAGAGCGAGACAGCCUCUCCCCUGCCCCAGCUCGGGCCAGACUCUGGAGGGCCCUUUCAGUUGCAAUAGAAAGAAAGGGGGCUGGAGACAAUGUCAUGGACACAGAGGACAUGCGUCUCCAGGGGGACACUGAUAACACAGACGAGGACAGGCCCAAGGUCUUCUCAAAAUCCCACAGCCUCAAGACCCCUGUUCAGCAGGGUUCUGUGCGCAGCCUGGGGCUGGCAAUUAAAGCUCUGACCCGUUCUCGGAGCUCAUACAGAGAGAAAGAGAGAGAAGAAGCAACUACAGAAGGGAAUUAUAAGGGUGGGGCUUCAGAAAAGGGUACAGUGAUGAGCCCCAGGUCCCCCAAACCAGGCCGGCCCAGGGCAGUAAGUAAGCAGGCCGCCCUCAGCACCUGUGAAGAUGAGGAGUCCCUGCAGAACCAGCAGAAUGCUUACACCAGCAGGAUGCUCCGAUCCUGUCAGCAGGAGGAUGGCAAGGGACAGGAAGACAGGGGAAGGAGGGCAGGAGGAGAGGGGAAAGCAGAGAAAGCAGUUAAAGCAGCACUAAGGCAAGUCAGGCAGGGCACAGCUGGGGACAAAAAUUCAGAGCAAGUCAAAGAGGCCCCUAUGGGGUGGCAGAAACCACUGCCCAAAGUCAGCCAGCAGUCCCUCAGAGGUGCCGACCAUAGUGUGGCAGAGGUGUGCCCCUGGGAGGCUGCAGAGUUUGAGGGGCAGCAGUCUGACAGUAGUAAGAAGGCAGAGAUCUGCCCCUGGGAGGUGAGUGGAGGAACCCCUCAAAGCAGGGUAGUAAGACAAGAACGAGAUGGCUAUUGGGGGGAGAAAGAAAAAGACUCAGAAAAGCCAGAGCCCAAAGGCAUAGCUGCUAUUGCUCAGAAGAAACCAGAGAGGCUGGUCAGAGGGCAGGAGGCCAUGUGUCCUUGGGAAAAUGCCAAUUCGAGAGACCAGUCUCCUCAGGCUGACAGAUGUCAGCAGGAGGCCACUGCCCCAGAAGCUUGUGCACCAGCUGUGGCCAAGGCAGAGCUCUGUCCCUGGGAGGAAACUGUGGGGGGAGAGAAUGGUAAAGCAUCCCUGCAGGGUGUGACAGAGCUGCCCCAAGAAAAGCAGAAGCCCCCCAGGAAAGCACCCUUCUGGAAAGACCAGACAAUCAUCAGUGGAGACUUGGAGUCUAUUUGUCCAUGGGAAAGGACAGAUUUCCGGGGCCCCUCAGCAGUCCCUGAUGAGGCCUCAGGGACACCUGGGUGCUCAGGGAGUCUGGACAGCAGUGUGAAGGCAGGAGAAGCUCCUGCUGUCAGGAAGGCAGAGAUCUGUCCCUGGGAACUGGGUGACAGGGUAACAGGGGAGGAAAGACUGACUCAAGGGGCAGAAAAAGAACUCUUGGGAAAGGGAAGCUUUGAGAAGACCAGGGAACAAACUGGACAGGCAGUGCAGAAACUAAAUCAGUCAGAGGAGGUGGUAUGUCCCUGGGAGAGCACAGCCCCUGGGCAUCCUAGCCCCUGUCUAGAUAAUUCCUCAUCCAGACAUAGCAAAGGAGAAAGCAUAGCCACAAAGGCAUGUUUACAGGAAGAUCUCAGGCCAGAGGUAGAGGACAUAACACCUGCUAAGGCAGAAGUAUGUCCCUGGGAAACAGAUGAAAGAACAAAAGGAAGCUGGACAUCAGGACAGGAACCAAGAAGUGAAUCUCCAAAGGACAAGGAGAAGAUACCUGCAGGCUUCAAGGAUGCCACUGACUGGGGAAAGUCUCCAGGGCAGAUCCAAACACAGGAAGCAGUUUGUCCUUGGGAGAUUGUGGACCCUGGAAGCUUUACUCAGCAACCAGGGCCUCAAGACAUAGGCAGAACUAGAGUUAGUCUCCAGAUAGCAAGCAGUGUGAGCAGCAAGGCUGCUGAGGUCUGCCCAUGGGACACGGAGGAGGCCCUGCAUGCUGAAAAGACAGAGAUCUGUCCCUGGGAGGGCACUACUGGAGCUGGGGAGGGAGCUGGAGCUUUGGGAGUUGAGGUCAUCAGGAAGCUAAAGCCAAAUGAUCUAGAUUCCAGGUCUAGUAAGAUAACUGUCACAGUUCCAAAGACACCAGAGAGGCCAACCCAGGAGUGGGAGGUGGCCUGUCCCCAGGAGAUUGUGGACACAAGGCAGCCAAGCACUGUGGACACAGAGAGAGAAAAAGCAAAUUUUCAGGAACUGGACUAUGUAGGGUGCAAGCCAGCUGAAGUGUGUCCCUGGGAAGUAGAGGAAGCAUCUUCUGGUGAAACAGCCAAGAUCUGCCCCUGGGAGGUCAGUGAAGGAACUGCUGGAGAAGCAGCAAAGCUUAACAGGAGUGGUUCAGCAGAACAGAGGGGGAAAACUCUAGGCCAGGGGGGACUUGCCUCCCUGGGAGAAGACAAGUCAAAAUGGGAGAUGAAACAGAGUCAAGAGCAGGAAGCAAUUUGCCCUUGGGAGGAGGACUUGAGGGGCCCCUAUGCCCAGGGCCCCCAGGUCUCAGACCCAUCCAACAGUGUGAGCAGCAAUAUGGCAGGGACACAUUCCUUGGAAGUAAGUGAGGAAGCAGCAGAGAUAGGAGAUCAGCAACAAGACCCAAAGAUGAGUGAAGGGAGGGCAGAAUACACAAGCCAAAGCAAAGUGCUACCUUCACCAGCAGGAAACCUCAUUAUUGUUACUACCACUGAUGGGACAAAGACCGCCCACAAGCCACAGGACAGCCUGGUUCUGGCAGCUUCUUUCACCCAUCCAGACUGCGAAUGCCCCGAGCUAUGGGAAACUAGUUCUCAGAGACCACUCAGCACUGGGAUCCAGAGAGCUGAGUUGCUUCCAGGGGACACCCCUACCCCAGGAGCUCACAAAUCUGACAGCAGGGUCAAAGCUGAGGCCCACCCCAGGGAGGUGAUCGAGAGGACCUCUGGGGAAGAGGUGGCCAGAGAUUACAGAAAAGGGAAAUCUUGGGAGAAGGGGAAAGGCCCAGAAGAGCUGGAGCACAGAGCUGUGGCAGUCCAGGGGAAGCCAGAGAGGGCAGAUGGGAAGCAGGAAACUGUGUGUCUGUGGGAGGGUCAAGAUGGUAGAACUGUUUCUCCACAAACAGUCCCACAAGCUUCUGACCAAAGAGAAGGUAGUUCCGAAGCAGUAGGCGGUGUGGGGGCCAAGGCAGCAGAUGAGUGUCUGUGGGAAGCAGCAGAGGCUCCUUCUGCCAAUAAAACAGAGGUCUGUGCUUGGGAGGAGAGUGAAGGAGCAGCAGAGAAAGGGGGGCUGGACCAGGAGGUAGAUGGAGAUUCCCAAGGACAAGCACAGUUGUUCCUUCAGAAGGCAGGGUCCAGAAAAACUGAAGAACACACCUCAAAAGCAGCAGCAAAAGUCAGCAGAGAGCUAGGCUGCCCAUGGGAAGGCUUGGGUUCUGGGGAGUCCUUUCUACAGCCAGGUGCUCCAGCCAAUGGCCAACCCAAAGCCAGCCUCCACAGAGAAAGCAGUGUGGGGAGCAAGAUGGCAGAGGUGUGUCAAUGGGAAAUCACUGAUCCAGAAGGGAAUAAGCUAAAGGGCACCAUGGAAUACAUCUGUCCUUGGGAGGGAACUGGAGCCUUCGCUGAGGAAACUGGCCUCCUGGCUUUAAGGCCAAUUCAGACAGAAACAGCAACCCCAACAGCUCCUGAGAAACUGCCAGGCCUAUCAGUCCACAGACCGUCAGGUAGCUUCCUCCCAGAAAGUAAAAGCCCCCGGCCUGAGGCCAACCAGCCAGCUGGUACUUUCACUCAGGAAAGUGUUAGAGAAUUUCAUGGACCUUCAGGACUUGGGGCAGAGAGCAGCUUAACCCCAGAGCCAACUCUCCAAGAAACAGAGGCUCACAAGUGUACCCCCAUAACUGGAGACCAAGAAGAAGCAGCGUCUACAAUUCACCAUAAAGAACCUGCACCUCCAACUGUCUCUCCUUGGGAAUAG